AUGACCGGUCCUCCGUCGCCCAAGCGCCAGCGCACUGACAACAACGAGCCGGACGAGCAGGAGCUGGAGAAGGUGAAACAGGUGCUCGAGUCUGUGCAGAAGGUGGAGGAGGAGCUGGAGAAGGUGAACGUGGAGCAGGCCAAGGAGAUUCUGGUGAUUGAGACCAAGUACAAUGCGAAGAAGCGCCCGACGUACAUGAAGCGCAACGAACUGCUGACGGCAAUUCCUCACUUCUGGAAGAAAGUGUUUGUGAACCACCCGCUGGUGGGCAACUACCUCACUAAGGAGGACGAGAUGCUCAUGGACUAUCUGCAGACGUUUGACGUCACGUUCGUGGGGGACGAUGGGAGUUUCAGGAUGGAGAUGGUCUUCAAGGAAAAUCCGUACUUUUCACCUACGACACUAUGGAAACAAGUCAAGUUUUCAGAGGAUGAGGAAGAAGUGGAUGUCACAGCGUCGGAAAUCACGUGGCAGGAGAAGGCUGGAGCAACAGAAGACCAGGCAAAGUUUGCCUUCUUUCAGUGGUUUGUCUCGACGGAUGGCGAUCAGGAUGUAGCCGAGAUCAUAAAGGAGGAAAUAUGGAAAAACCCCGUGCAGUAUUUCGCGAUGGAUGAGGACGAGGACGAGGACGACGAUGAGGAGGAGGGAGAGGAGGAUGACGGCGAGGACAACGAAGAUGAAGAGGAGGAAGGAGAAGGCAACGACGAGGACGAGGAGGACAAGGAAUAA